AUGGUUAUUAACUUUACUUGUAAACAAUGGAGUUCAGUUAUUGUUAUUUCUUCUGAAGGGGCUGCACCCGAGACUAAGCCAUCAUCAACUCAGGCCUUUUCUGUCCUCAUAAAUGCCCUGAAAAUGUUAGAAAGUUUUGGCUACACUCUUAAACACGUUGAGUCAAGGCCAUCCUCCUCUGCUAAGGAAAGACUCGAAUAUUUGAUUACAUUAGAUUACAUUGAUGCUGUGACCACUAUUGAGACACUGCGCCAACUAAUCGGGAAAGGUUACACCAUUACAUGGACAAAUCAAAACUUUAGUGAGAGGAUAGUGUGGUUUCCAAGGGACAUCAAUGAAGUAGCAAGUUGUAGUAAAGCACUAUACAAGUAUGGAUCAGAACUAUCUAAAGAUCAUCCUGGACAUGGUGAUUUGGAGUACAUUGAAAGAAGGAAGGUUUUUGCUGAGAUUGCUAUGAAUUAUAAAGUAGGUGAUGACAUUCCAAAUGUAGAAUACACUAAACAAGAAUUAGAAACUUGGAAGUACAUAUACACCCAUCAAAAGAAAUACUAUCCUACUAAUGCUUGCAUGGAACAAAAUGAAGGCAUCAAACUCCUUGAAGAACACGCUGGAUAUUGUGCUGGGGCUAUACCACAGUUAGACGCUGUCUCAAAAUACUUGAAAGGAAGGACUGGGUAUCAGCUUUGCCCUGUAGUAGGUUGGAUACAUUCAAGGGAUUUCCUCGCUCUCUUAGCAUUUCGUAUAUUUCCAUGUACACAAUAUAUUAGGCAUCAUUCAAGACCACAGUAUACGCCUGAACCAGAUAUCUGUCAUGAGUUGCUGGGACAUGUACCUUUGUUCUGUAAUCCAGACUUUGCCGACUUCUCACAGGACUUAGGAUUAGCUUCAUUAGGUGCCAGCGAUGAAUGGAUUACAAAGCUGUCCACUCUCUAUUGGUUUACUGUCGAGUUUGGGUUGGUUUGGGAGAAUGGGAAGCCUAAAGCAUAUGGUGCUGGACUUUUAUCAUCAUGUGAAGAGAUUGAGCAUUGUGUGAGUGAAAAAGCUGAAAGAAAGCCACUUAUAUGUUCAGAAGCAGUUUUGGCUACAUAUCCAGAAACUGGCUUACAGCCGUACUACUUUAUUGCACAGAGUAUACAAGAGGUCAAAAAUAAAAUGACGGAAUUUUCUAGAAGUAUAUCAAAACCCUUUAGUAUUAGUUUCGAUAAAGAGUCUUGGUCUGUUCAGAUAUCAACGCAAUAAUGAAUGAGUCACAACAAAUCAAACAUAAUUAUAUACAGAUCUACAAUGGAUGUCUCAUUAUUUGUGUAAUUGUUAUAGUUCAUAUUUAGCCAGGUGGCCAUGUCAUCUGUCUCCCUCCUAAAA